AUGAUACUUGAUAUCGCUAAAUCUGUGAUAGUUGAUAUCGCUAAAUCUGUAAUAGUUGAUAUCGCUAAAUCUGUGAUAGUUGAUAUUGCUAAAUCUGUAAUUGUUGAUAUCGCUAAAUCUGUGAUAGUUGAUAUCGCUAAAUCUGUAAUAGUUGAUAUUGAUAUUGUUAAAUCUCUCUAUCCACCUUCCACAGGACGAGAAGGGGACGCCGUUCAACAAGCCGACGUCGACUAUACGGCCGAUCUUCUAGAGCGGCUCUUAGCACGGACACAAAAACGCGACGAUCUGGCAGGCCUCGCCCCUAUUAAGAAAUGGAGGUCGUGCAUCCGCCGCGGAGGAACGUGCGACCACCGCCCCAACGACUGCUGCUACAACUCCUCCUGCCGGUGCAACCUGUGGGGGACAAACUGCCGCUGCCAACGUAUGGGACUCUUCCAGCAGUGGGGCAAGUAAGCUGCCAGCUGCAGGCUUGGUUUACCCCUACGACGGCGACGUCGAAGGGGGGACCUCCGUGCACCUCGACUUCCCCCACACCUGUGUGUUGCUACUGUCUUCCUUCAGCGCCCCCUUCCAUGCGUACUACCCCAUCUUGUUUCCCGUAGCUGUCAUUCGUCGGGGUAACCAUUCCAUGCCUUCGGCAUCAUCUUCCUCUUCCAGGACAUCUCCCGCUGGACCUCCAAAAUGUCUCCCAGGUAGCUCCCCUUUAAAUAAAUAUACCCAAAAAAUAUUCUGAGUGUACAUAUCACUAAGGAGGAAUAACAUCACGUCAUUUGGUCAUAGGUGCGACAAUUACCAUUAAUACAUUUCAAAAUUUAAUAAAAGAGUUUGCCCCCACCUUAUCACGAUUUUUUUUUUUGAUGCCGGUUAAAUUCAAUGAGUUAUAUACCCAACUCACGUUUUCUGUGAAGGGGAUAGACGAGGUCAGCGUAGCAUCUCUUCCUUACCUAUGUGUUGGGUGUGAUAUUAUAUGGUUCAGGUGUAGUGAUCCGUCACUAAAUAUGUUAUAACAUGCAUGUUUUUGGUUGUCUAUCAGAUAUGAGCUGUAACUACGGUGUGGGUAUUCGUCAUUGGCCGAUCCCCUCCUCCAGCCACUUGAAUUAGCCAAUCACAAUACCCAUACCACAAAGCCGGGAUCUGAUUGGGUAUACACCAGCCACAUACCCUAAUUAGGCCUUGGCUUGGAUAUAUCUACUUGUAUCUUUUGAAAAAUGAACAGAGUUUUAAAAACAGAUUGAAUAUCGAAUCAUAUAUAUAUAAUAAAGUGUCUAUGUGUACGAGA